AUGUCUAUGAAACCCCCCAUCCAACCGGUUGGCAUCGACAAGGAGCUCGAGAAGAAAGUCGGAGAAAGGAAAUUGGAGUCCCGGCCGGAUGAGGUUACAAGCACCUCUUCUGUUCGCCAGGUUAUCGAAGGAAGCCAGGGACCAGCAGUGCCGGUGGACCCGCUACUAAAUCUGAAAGACGAUCUGAACACGGUUAAGGAGACUUUUGCACUUGGCUCGGUGCCCCGGGAGGCAUUCGGUCUUGGCCUCGCCGGCACGCUGCCUUAUCUGGCCACCUCAAUAUCUACCGUCUACCUGUCCUGGUCGCUAAACACGGAAUGGCCCACGACUUCAUCUUUCAUAAACAGCAUCGUAGCCAACCAUGACUCGGCGACGCACUGGCUGCAGCUCCUCGAGCCGAUCCAGGUUGGAUAUGGUGCCGUGAUCAUCUCAUUCCUCGGCGCCAUACACUGGGGACUCGAAUUCGCCGAGAAACGGGCAUUACCCGACCGUACGCGGUUCCGGUACGGCAUUGGUGUCCUUGCGCCGGCCGUGGCCUGGCCAACCAUCUUUAUGCCGAUUGAGUGGGCUCUAACGACGCAAUUCGCGGCCUUUGUGGCUCUGUACUUUACGGACUCGACGGCGACGGUCAAGGGCUGGGCACCUGGGUGGUACGGGAUCUACCGCUUCGUCCUGACGGCAAUUGUAGGCGCCGCCAUCCUGAUCAGCCUGGUGGGCCGCGCAAAGAUCGGCGCCGGCCACGCGCGUCUGUCAAAGGCAGAGUUACGGGACCGACUCCAUCCACAGACGGGCAGCAAGGAUCGGGAUUGGGCAAAGGAAGAGGAAAAGGAAAAGGAAAAGAUCCAGAGAGAGAAGAAGGAGGAGGAGAAGAAGAGAAAGGAGGCCGAAGAGAAGGCCAAGAAGGAAGAGCAAAAGAAGGAAAAGGCACAGAAGAAGGCUGACAAGCCUAAGUCAGAAGGAAAGGGCGGCCAGGAGAAGGAGGAGAGUGGAAACGACGAUAAGCAAAAGGCCGACUCGGACUAA